AUGGAAGCAAGAGAAUGCGCUAGGGGAUGGGGGAUUGCGUGGGUGUUCCACAUCGCAUACCACCCACAGGGCGCCAGACUCAUCGAACGCAUGAACGGCUUGCUUAAAGAACAGUUACGCAAACUAUCUGCCAUUGAGUCCCUGGCCGGGUGGAGCCGUAAUCUCCGCCAGGCCACGGCUGCGCUCAAUGACCACCCUCUGUACAGCUCCACCCCGUACGCUAGAUUCAAGGGGGAGGUCAUUGAGUGGCCCCAUGUGUUGCGAGUGCAACGCCUGCACCCGCAAGCCCACCUCCCCAUUCAGGCCACCCCGGGAAGCGCUGGUCUAGAUCUGCGGGUCCCUCAAGAGGGCUUCACUCUACAGCCCAAUAGCCAGAACCUUGUAAGUACUGGCUUAGCCAUAGGGCUCCCACAAGGCUAUUAUGGGCGCAUUGCCCCAUGCAGCAAUCUGGCCCUUAAGGGCAUAGAUGUUGCGGCGGGAGUAAUCGACGCUGACUAUACUGGGGAGGUUAAGGUGCUGUUGGUUCACAAUGGCCCGCAGGCAGUAACCCUCCCCCAAGGCGAACGUAUUGCGCAGUUGAUUUGCGAGCGCAUUGGGUUGCCUGAUGUCCAGGAGGUGGGUGCGUUAGCACCCACCACUCGAGCGGGAGGGUUCGGCUCGACUGGACAUGCAGUUUGGGUCCACGACCCCACCAAACAUAACCCGCUCAAAGGGGAAAUCCUAGCUGAUGGUCCCAGGGACACUCACCUCAUACUGCUAAAAGGAGAAGAUGCCCCAAUUUAUGUGCCCUCUAAGCAUCUUUCUUCCAGGCAACCAUAA